UGUUCGACAGGACACGAGGUGCGGAUAGGGUGGUGCGUGUUUUCGGGAGGGCGGCGCGGAGUGCGGACUUCGACUCCGGUUUCGCGAACUUUCGUCGCGGCGUACUUUCACGGUUCAUUAGCCCCGUCGUGCCUGCAAGCAGCGGCUGCGACCUUAUGGGUGACGUUUGACGGCGCUUCGACAGAACGGUCCCCCGCUGUUGCUGUUUUAGCGUGAAAAUUGUUCUUCUUCGUCCCAUUUGUUCGCUCGGAAGGCGCAACUGUUGCAAACUUUCAGCCUGAGCGACGCUGAACGUGAUCGCUGUGUGUAUGUGACGCAACGCCGGAUGUUUGUGAAUGCCGUCGCCUGGUCCACAGCUUUUCGCCAUCUAAAGGCGCACGCGGAAAAAGCGGAUCGGCAACUUUCAGGGAGUUUGCUUCACCUACCGGUUACGCUUCUCCAGGUCCGCAUACUACAGAAAAGAAGUACGGGCGUCAGCACGUACCUGAUGCAAAUGCCGGCUCUACGAGCAUCGAACGAGAUCAUUGUCCAACCAUCGCGAGGACCGCAAAGUCAGGCGCAACUCGGCUGUCGCUAGGAAAACACAUCGACUGAUUCGGUGAACUUUAGGAGAAGAAGAACAGAAAAGAAAAGAGAAGAGUCUACACAAACACUACUCCCAGACCAAAGUUUGGCAUGCCCCCUGCGUACUCUCGGUGGAUCAUCGCCACCUCGCUUCUGGUGUAGGUAAACGCCAUCGCCAGCGACGCCAGCGCCUCGCAGCGUCAUCGCCGACAUCGAGGAGGACGUACGUGGCAACGGUAUAGAACUCGUCGUGUUUACACACAGGCACACAUCGUACCCCGGAGCAUACGUUCCAGUGCAGUGCGGGGGGCGGAACAAACCAAAUAGGCGAGCAAAGUGAGCAAAGCAAACUCGGCGAUUCCAGAAACGAGAUUAUUCGGCGAGGCGAGCCUUCGGAGAGUAGGCGCUGCUUCUACUUCUGCUGCUUCUGCUGUUGCAUCAGCCUCGUUUUCCCUUCGGCUCUCAGCGGGAACAGCGAUGCUCGAAGUGCGUAGUUCCUACGACGACGACUACCGCUCGAGUGUCGGGGGAGCAGAAAAAGAGACGGCCGGGAGGCUCGUCGUUCGCUUGUCGUCAUAGUCGUCGACAGCAGCGAGGACGGUUAUUCGCGUCGCAGCUGAGCGUUAUUCCGAAACUCCCGUUCACCACCGCGCUGGUCUCGGAGUCUCCCUCCCUGUAUCGGCCUUCAGCGGAUUCGCCGCCUCUCCAAGUCCCACUUCUGCUCCCUAAGUACUCUUUUCUUUCGGCCUGUUCUGUGCCGGCCUCUUACGUCGUAGAACCGGACUCGGUGAUUCAGCCACUACAGCAGACGACCGUCUGUUCUCUCCGUCAACCUUGUUGGAUCCGUCUGUUUUCUCUGUCACUGAGGAACAGACGGGAAUAAAAGGCACACCGGUCUGGAAAUAGACGAGUCAUUCACUAGGUGGCUCUGUCUGUUCUUUUCAGAAACAUCGUUGGGCCUGGUCUGUUCUCUUCGUGACAGAAAAACAAGCCUGCGUAAAACACGAAGCGUCUAGAAUUCGACGAGUCGUUCACUGGGUGGCUCCGCCUCCUUUGCUCCGAAUUGUUGAUGGUGACGCAGACAGCCACGGUGAUGCCAGCGCAGGCAGUGCUCGAUACAGUGCGCAAGUAAUUUUCCUUGCAAGUGUUCCCGGUAGACCGCAGAACGCACUCAGCGUUGGCGGCAACUAUUCGUAAUCUUCGACGACCUCUACAGAAGUGACCGAACAAGAAGUUUUUUCCUACGUCGUCGUCGUGCUUGGAAUCCACUUUGACAGAUUACUACUAAAGAAUUCAUCGUUGGGAAACCUCCCGACCUCCAUCUACGUCAACGAGGUGAAAGACACGAAGGAGAACAAGAAAAAAAAAAAAAAAAGACAGUCGCUUGUCGCAGCUGUUCUGUUCUUUUCGAUGGUCCAACUAGUUUUCACCUCGUGGUUUCUUAAAUUAUGAACAUGACCUAGUUUUCAGCAAAGUGGGGCAUGGAAUAUAGCUGGAUCUAAUGGGAUAUGUUCGUUCUUGCCACUGCAAUGUCAUCAAAGUUACUUUCAAAAAAUCUUUGCGUUGAAUUUUACAUUGAGUGAGAAAAAGGUUCGCGAACGUAGCCGGGGUAUCGGUAAUAUCGAAUGGUUCGUAGUAUCGAAUAUACACAGAGUCCGUAACACAGUGUAACACAGUGCAACAAAGCUAUACAGUUUUGAACGCAAUUCGAUCGGCGAAAGACUAGCCGCUCCAUUCCUUCGGUAACUUUUCUUUUUUCUGGACAAACAUUUGUGCAAGAACGCAAUCCGGUUCGGCCAAGCUGUCAGUCGACGGCAAACCAGUGGUGUGGCAGCAAGGCGUUGUGAUUCUUUUUAUUAUUAUUAUCAUUAUUGUUCCCGAAAGUUGCGAACUGCGCUAUUGUGGCCAAAAUCCCGCAAGGGAAGAUUCCUUGGAGGCGGUGGUAAUCUUGGCAAAGAAGUUGCGAAAGCUUUGGCUUAAGCGAACUGCUAUGGUCUGUGCGACGUCUUGGGCGACUGCGAAGCAGCGAGAACUGGAAAGAGCUAGCUUUAAUGUUUAAUGCGCUUCGUGUGUUAUUUCUUGCUUCUGCGUGUUUGAGGAGGAAGAGCCCUCCGAAAAAAAGUCAAGUACGGCCGUUGUAUUUUCUCUGAUUUGUACUUUGCCAUAUUGUUUCUUUCUAUCUUCUUUUAUUGGCCAGAAAAGGCGUCUUUUUUCGGCUGCUUCUGUGUCAGCAUCUGUCGAUGUAAAGUAACUGCAGCGUCUUGACAUCUGUUAUUGAACCGUCAUGAAAAUAGAACGCUUUGUCUUGGCAGGAAAUCGCUGCUAGUUUGUCCAGCUAUCUAUUGCAGUGCCACUUGUACAGCCAUCCGAUAAUUUAUUCACAACGUGAAAUCUAAUCGAUUUCCGCACGCUUUGUUCGGUGGCGGGAAUUAAAUUUUCAGCACGUCACAGCUUUCCCUUUCAUCUUUUGUUCAUAAAUAAUGUCAUUGUCGCGGCCGCUAGUUCGAGAAUGCUUGAAUGACAGUCUCGAAAAAAAGGCUGCCCAGAAGUCUAAGGCAAGACAUCACCGCAACUCGAGAACAACGAGUCUCGACUUUGACACAAUUCUGUUAAGUCUUGUUCUCUUUUUCUGCGAUAGCAUGCUCAAAUCGGGCAGGCUUGCUAAAAACUUUUGAGCACAUUUCCAAAAGUAACAUUUCAUUCGCCCGCUCAAACGCAGCCCGUUGUAGUACAGAGAGGGACGGAACACAAAAGAAGUUGUUUUCAAUAAAUUGUCGUUUUUUUUUUUCGUUCAAUCCAACAAUAGCCGCAGCCAACCGCAUCCCACAAUAAAGACGAGUAUAGCACGCGGGAACGCUCGGAAGAAGGAAAAAUAAAAGAUCGAACAGCGCUAAGCCUUUCUGACGAGGGGAGAAGCACGUCGUCGUUGUUUUGCGGCGUGUCUCGGUGAACCAUCGACUAAGCCGAGCGGACGCAAUGGCGUGACAAACGACGCCGGCGCCGCCUAUCGGUCGCAGACAGCCGCAGGAGCCAGCGGGAACCGGGGUGAGGGUAGGGAUUCCUUUUCUGUAGAUGUCACAGGCCGUUCGCUUCUGUGUUUGUCGUCGAGCCGGGACAGUUUUCGGGAGCACAAAACGAUUACUCGCCGGUCGCAAUCUGGCAUCGCGAUGCUGCCACCGCUCUGAAAAGGCGUGGAGGGGGACCCGGUGUCGCAAGGAGAGGGGAGCAACUCGUUGUGUCGAAUUCCUCCAGACGACGACGAUGACCCGACCAUGUGUUGCAGCCGAUGGCAUCUCGAUCAGUCCUUGGCUCGAGUCAAGGCAUGGAGACGUCCCUGUAUAACCCAGGUGUCAGACAAAGCUGUUGACUUUUGCAACGUCGAACUCAUAUCAGACUCGUCGGUCACUGGCUUUGCUACCGAUCCUUGCGUAAAGCGCAGCUAGCUCCACGUUAUUUUUUUCUUUUCUAGCUCGCAAGGUGGUGACAAGUUUUGCUGUACAUUGCCACGAAAGCCAGAAUGCUUAGAAAUUGACGGGUCCUAUUUCUCUUAUACCCUGACCCCUGAAGCGCGAGCGUUGGGUAUUCCAGUGCUACCAAGACCACAACCACCUACACCGAACCGACAGUUAGUGGUACGCGAUCGUCAUAUAUUUUCCUUUGCAGCAAAACCGUCUCACUCUAAUUCGUCUGUUUCCAAUUUCGUUUUGUUUUCGCUGGCAUGUCGCAUUAUUUUUCGAUCGGAACGAUCUGACACUGUAAUACGUCGUUCGCAGUAGAUAUUUGAUGUUAUUUCCCGUGAUCACGACUUUCAGUUAGGGAUGAUUUGGUCGUUUUUUUAUUUAUGCAUAUUGUGAAAAAUAGAAGACAAGAUUUGUACGAAACAUACGCGAGAUUUAUUUACCAACAACGAAGGAGCAUGCCAAUACGGUGACUCUUCUGCGAGCUACUUGGAAACUUCGCAGAACACUUAGCUUCUUUCGAACUAUCAUCUCGGAUGGUAUGCUGCAUUUGGAGCACAAAAUUUGCAAUCACUUGUGGGGUUGGUAAAAUGCAAGGCAGCCACAGAGAGAGGGAAGGAGCACCAAAGCAGAUAUCUACUAAUUAUCUGCUUCCAAUCCUCAUCAGUGCGUAAAAGAGCAGAUAGUGUCACUCACUUUCGCAGCUGAUAAACCCGUGAAGACGUAUCGCCGUGAAGAAGGCGUGUAUUCUCCUAGCCAAGGAGACAUUGUCUGCCGUCCGAGUGAUGAAAACAGCUCUACGCGCGCGCGGUGUUCGCGAUCGAGUGUCGCCGUGAGACUCAACUGGCGGUGUCAAGUUCUUUGGGCGCGCAUCGGUGCACCGAGACCGCGUCUAAUACGGUGGCGCCACCUAGUGGUUUCGGAAUCGACGAGUGACGUGCGACGUCUACACGGAAGUCACCCCAAAAAGUGUUGUUUCCUCCAGUGAGUGUGCCGGUGUGUGGUGUGAGUGUGUGCGAGCCGGUGAAUUCAAGUAUCGGAGGUGAUGGUGUGGUGAUUGGUGAGCGUGGUGGUGACGGUGGUGCCGAAUGAACGGUGACGGGACUAUCCGGCAGUUGCUGAACUCUGACGUCGUGUGGUUAGCCAUACGCUACUAGCGUAUAGGUCGAACUCGAAAAAGGAGGUACGAUCCUGAGAAGAUCAAAAUCUUGUCGCAACAGGUGUAAAAGAGCUCCGGCAAAAUCUAACUGCUGUAAACUAAGAAAAACUAAGGAAACUAAGAAAAAAAACGUGGUUCCAAACCGUGAAACGGCAUGGAGGCGACGACGGAGAGCUAAUAGCAGACCAAGAAAAAAAAUCCUGCAAGCUUCGGUAAGCGCAGUUCCUCGAAAGGUCGAUGAAGUUCUAGCAUAGCCUACUCACAGAGCGUUAAACACGGUUCGGCGGCAUCUCUACGCCGGACACCGGAAGGUUAUACCACAGGCUUGUCGAACUCUCGUCAAAGCUUAACGCAGGGUCCGCCACAGGAUCUGAAAAAGGGUAGAAAAAGUGAAGCACUUUCAAAGAAGCUUGAAUAAGGAUCUGCAAAAGAAAAGAAAGUCGAAAGAAAACGCACGUUCUAGGCCAGGUAGGAGUCGCAUAAGGUCAGGCAGGUUCCGCUACAGGAGCGAGAGAGAGAUGAGAUAUUAAGGAAAUAAACACACAAGGCCAGAUCCAGUGGCCAGAUAGGUCCAGGUGAAACACGAUCAACAAUAAAGCCGUGCCAACAGAGCAGUAGCAGGUAUCCCCAAGGAGGGGUCGGGGUCUUAGUGCCAGAUACGUCCAGGAAAGGCAGAUCGUAGCGAAAGCGUAGACAAGAGGCUCGGUGUGUGUGUGGUCCAGAGGAGAGUCAGGCCUAAGAGCCAGCUAGGUCAACGAAAGGCGCGACAUCGGGGUAAAGGCGCAGUCAACCUCGCAGUUGGGAGAAUCGAGAGGCAUUCAUAGUCAGACAGGUCCAGGAAAGGGGUGUGCAAGGCUUAGCCGAGCGAGACAGUGACGGAGAAGGUCCUCCGCGCGUGAUCCGGUCGGCAGACGAGCACUCAGCCCGGGUCAGCGGCUUCGCUGAGACGGCAGGUCGGCCGCGGCGAGUGGAGCAGGGACGACGACCCCGGGGGGAGGACGUCGGUGCGAGUCCCUCGGGGUGUGGCCAAUGUCCGACGAGGACGAAGAGGAAGAGAGCGUCGCCGGAGAUCUGGGGCCAGCCUACCUGACCAUGGGCGUGACGGCGUCCGUGCUCAGGGCCUACCACCGGAUCGCCAGGAUGCUGCGCAAGGCGUGGACGGACAUGCGCUUCGCCGACGACCCUGUGGAGGAGGUGGAGGUGGCGGCGGUGCGGUGCCAGCCCGAGCGCAUCGAGGACCUCUGCAGGGCCACCAAGUUCUCGCGACAGGAGCUCAAGUUCAUGUACCAGGGAUUCAAGCAGGUCUGUCCCACUGGUGUGGUACACGAGAACACCUUCAAGGAAAUCUACGCACAGUUCUUCCCACACGGAGAUGUUAGCCAGUAUGCGCACUACUUGUUCCAGGCGUUCGACCAGGACCACAACGGUACAAUAACCUUCCAGGACUUCGUGGUGGGCCUGUCGGCGCUUUCGCGCGGAGCGCCCGUGGACAAGCUGCGGUGGGCGUUCCAGCUGUAUGACCUGAACGGCGACGGCAUCAUCUCGCGCGACGAGAUGACGGACAUCAUCGUCUCCAUCCACAGCCUGGUGGGCGCCCCCCACCACGCCCACCCCUCGUCUAGCACGGGGGGCGGGGCCUCCUCUGCGGGGGCGGGAAGCGGAGGGCCAGACGAUGACGAUCCGGACUCCGUCAGGGACCACGCCAACAGGGUCUUCCAGAAACUGGACCUUAAUCAAGACGGAGUUGUGACGAUCGACGAGUUCAUCGAAACUUGCUUAAAGGACGAGAACGUGAUGAAGUCACUGGCCAUCCUCGACACGGUGCUAUGAGAGUGCCAGAUACUGUGGGCCGUUUUUACAUGGUGGAACCUGAAAUGGCGGUGUUAGCGUGCGCGCGCGCUUUGCGCGCGCCCCGAGCGGCCAAGUCAGGGUGGCCGAAAGCUGGCAACAACGUCACAGCAACAGCAACCGACGUGGUCGACGCGGAAUACUUCGCCUCAGUUCUCGUCGUAGCAAGCCGGCGGCCUGACGGUCCCGCGUCGCAACACCUCGACGGCGCUCUGGCUCGGCGCGCCAGCCACAUUGUAGCGCCUCGCGUGGAGCUAGGCUUCAUGCGCCGCAAAUCCGGCGCUGUGUUCGAACAAACGCGCUUGCUUCUUGGAGGGCACAAUCAUCCAUGCAUUGACGGGCUUGACAGCGAGCGCUUUGACGCGAUCGCUCUUGCUCGCGAGGCUUACUGUGAAGAGCUAACCACACGGAACGUCUCUUUGACAGCGCCAGUCGGGCGUUUAGAGAGGCGAGGACAUGAGUGGCGCAGGAGGCAGGAAAGCUGUAGCGUCGUAUGUCGAAUGCCCGUUGGCAACGCCCUAUUUUAUGGCCUUUUUUUUUGAUGGGCACUAUACAAGGCUGCGGUUGAGGCCAGUUGGUUGUACAUUGCCCAAUAUUGGAGGCGCUAUUUCGUAGCACAAAUUGAAACAUUAUCGACAUGGGGCCUUUUGCUGGUAAACUAUUGUUAACACUUCGCUGCCAGCGGCGUGUUUAGCUGCAUCAUCACAGUAUCUGAAAUGAGCAGUCGCUAUUUGGAGCUUUGCGAAGUAUCUGGCGUGUCCCGAGUCAUUAGCGCUUUGCUUCAUCCUAGAAAACAGCACGUUAAUUCGAAAAGGGGACAAGCUAGCAAGGCUGUAAAUGAAACCCGGUUGACUCUGUAGUGUCCGGUAAUAAACGCGCUACUUUUAGCUCAGAACGAAGCAGUAUAUAGCAACCUUGUAACACUUCGUUGAUAGCGAGUUGUUAGCACUUUGUCACUACGUGUAUCUUAUAAAUACAUCGCUGUACUACCUGGUAUAAGCAGUUCUCACAUCGUGGUAUGUGUGUUGUGCGUCGCGCUCCGCAUUCUUACUGUUGUGUUUUGGGCAAAAAACAGCGCGUUCAAUGCCUAAGGCAUACAAAACGUUGCCUGUGUCCUCGUAAUGCCUACGUAUGCCAACAAAAGCGCGCUCAUUUUGCCGUAGAUGCAGACCAA